AUUCAGCUCCUCGAUCAUGCCGCCAUGGAGAUGAGGUAUGGCCCAACCUGUAUCUGGGAGACAUAGGAAAUAUCUAUGUGGGACUAUCUGGAAACCUAGGAGAGAUGAAUAUACUAAAACAAAUAUCUCCUAAAAAAAGGUUUAUGUCCCAUGACAAAUUUGGACUCUGGCAGCUUGGUAUUACCCAUGUGCUAAACGCAGCACAUGGAAAACUCUGCUGCAAAGGGAGUGACGAUUUCUAUGGGACCACAGUGAAGUACUACGGGAUUCCCGCCAAUGACUUGCCAACCUUUAAUCUGUCACCUUUCUUCUACCCCGCUGCUGAGUUCAUCCACCAAGCUCUAAACACAGGAGGAAAAGUGCUGGUGCACUGUGCAGUGGGGGUCAGUCGUUCUGCUGCUCUGGUCCUGGCUUACCUCAUGAUUCACCAUCACCUUAGCCUGAUCUCCUCCAUUGGACAUGUGCAGCAGAAACGAUGGAUCUUCCCAAAUAGAGGCUUUCUGCGGCAGCUCAUUUCGCUAGAUCAAAAACUGCAGAAGGAAAAUUAAAUAAAGACCUUUAGGCAUUAACAAUCAGGCCAAUCAAUGCAGCCACACCAUUAAAUAACUGCACAUCAACCAAAGCUCACAGACAACACAGGAGCUAUAUCUGGACCCAGACACCUGCUCCUGUCUGUCACUGUCC